AGGUGCUGCUUCCAGGGACAGGGACAAAGGUGCUGCUUCUUCCAGGGACAGAGGUGCUGCUUCCAGGGACAGGGACAAAGGUGCUGCUUCUUCCAGGGACAGAGGUGAUGCUUCCAGGGACAGGGACAAAGGUGCUGCUUCCAGCAGGGACAAAGGUGCUGCUUCCAGGGACAGGGACAAAGGUGCUGCUUCCAGCAGGGACAAAGGUGCUGCUUCUUCCAGGGACAGAGGUGAUGCUUCCAGGGACAGGGACAAAGGUGCUGCUUCCAGCAGGGACAAAGGUGCUGCUUCCAGGGACAGGGACAAAGGUGCUGCUUCCAGCAGGGACAAAGGUGCUGCUUCUUCCAGGGACAGAGGUGAUGCUUCCAGGGACAGGGACAAAGGUGCUGCUUCCAGCAGGGACAAAGGUGCUGCUUCCAGGGACAGGGACAAAGGUGCUGCUUCCAGCAGGGACAAAGGUGCUGCUUCUUCCAGGGACAGAGGUGAUGCUUCCAGGGACAGGGACAAAGGUGCUGCUUCCAGGGACAGGGACAAAGGUGCUGCUUCCAGGGUAAAAGGCGCUGCUUCCAGGGACAUGGGUGCUGCUUCUUCCAGGGACAGAGGUGCUGCUUCCAGGGACAGGGACAAAGGUGCUGCUUCUUCCAGGGACAGAGGUGCUGCUUCCAGGGACAGAAAGGCUGCUUCCAGCAGGGACAAAGGUGCUGCUUCUUCCAGGGACAGAGGUGCUGCUUCCAGGGACAGGGACAAAGGUGCUGCUUCCAGGGACAGGGACAAAGGUGCUGCUUCCAGGGACAGGGACAAAGGUGCUGCUUCCGGGGACAUGGGUGCUGCUUCCAGGGACAAAGGUGCUGCUUUCAGGGACAAACGUGCUGCUUUCAGGGGGAAAGGUGCUGCUUUCAGGGGGAAAGGUGCUGCUUUCAAGGGAAAAGGUGCUGCUUUCAGGGGAAAAGGUGCUGAAAUCAGGGAAAAUGAGGCUGAUAUCAGGAAAAAAGUUGCUGCUUUCAGAGCCAGAGGUGCUGCUUUCAGGGCCAGAGGUGCUGCUUUCAGGGAAAAAGGUACUGAAAUCAGGGAAAAUGAGGCUAUCAGGGAAAAAGUUGCUGCUUUCAGGGCCAGAGUGAUGCUUUCAGGGCCAGAGGUGAUGUUUUCAAGGGCCAGAGGUGCUGCUUUCAGGGCCAGAGGUGCUGCUUCCAGGGGAAAAGGUGCUGAAAUCAGGGAAAAUGAGGCUGAUAUCAGGGGAAAAGUUGCUGCUUUCAGGGCCAGAGGUGCUACUUUCAGGGCCAGAGGUGUUGCUUUCAGGGCCAGAUGUGUUGCUUCCAGGGCCAGAGGUGCUGCUUCCAGGGACAGAGGUGCUGCUUCCAGGGCCAGAGGUGUUGCUUCCAGGGCCAGAGGUGCUGCUUUCAGGGACAGAGGUGCUGCUUCCAGGGACAGAGGUGCUGCUUUCAGGGCCAGAGGUGCUGCUUCCAGGGACAUAGGUGCUGCUUUCAGGGACAAAGGUGCUACUUCCAGGGAGAAAGGUGCUGCUUUCAGGGCCAGAGGUGCUGCUUCCAGGGCCAUAGGUGCUGCUUUCAGGGACAGAGGUGCUGCUUCCAGGGACAGAGGUGCUGCUGCUUCCAGGGACAAAGCUUGCCUGGAGGUUAGAGUUUCCUGGAGCAUGGUAGCUGUGAUCCUCCAAGGAAGGAUAUGAAGCUGGAGCUUCUGGCUGUAUUGGCGGGUCCACUGGAGCACUGGAGCUCUGGAGCAAUGUGAAUACUGGCUCGCUGAUGCACUUUUCCACUUUCUCAAAGUGAUACGGAUUCACACAGACUUUAGACUUUUGUUUUUUAUAGGCGUUUGCACACGUCUCCAUGCUACGCAAAUCAUCGUGGCUUUGCACCUCUGGCCAUCGCCACAGCCGGCAGAAGAGAGUGUGUGGGAAGUUAUUUCCGCAGGAUGCAUACAUCUGUUCAAACAGAGGUCUGGUGAUAGUGAUGCACUUGGUGCCAGGAUUCUGAGUGGAGAUAGCCUUCUCCAGCUCCCCCAGCUGCUUACUGAGGUGGGUCUUCCUCACCAAGGUCUUGACAGCAUUCUCGUACACCUUGCCCUCCUGCUCGUUGAAAGUAAGCAUCUUCCAGGCCAGCAGGCGUUUGACGGUGGCGGCAGCGAAGAACGGGGGGGACAUGGCUGCUUCGGACCCACAAGCAAAUGGGGAGACUUGUCAAGCAGCAAAGGGAAAACGAGAGGAAACAGGAGGGGUGACUUGCCUGCUUCUCUUAUUCCAGAGGCACCCGGAUAGCAGUGAAGACCAGUCGCGGCUAGGAGAUGGGACAGUGCCGAGAGGGGCGAGGGCGCUGCAGCUGCAGCUACAACACCUGUCUCACGCCUCAAACUUUCUCCCGACUUCUCUCACUCCUCUGUGAAGGCGCCUCUGUCGGCAGAGCCAAAAGCUGCUACUAAAACCUCUGCCGGACCCUCCCCCUCAUGACCUGGUAUCCUAUCAGCAUCCCUUGGAUGCUGCCCUGCAAAGGAUCCUGGGAAGUGUAGUUCCUUAAAGAUUCUUCCCAAAGAAUCCUGUGAGAGUAAAUUACAGUUCUCAAUAUUCUUUUUGGGGGUUGCUUUGAAUGUAUGGUGUGUACACAAUGUUAAGUUCUGCUUGUGGCAGAUGAGUUGGACUUAAUAGACCUAAGCUAAGCCUGUCCAAUAACUUCCGUGGGUCUACUCUUGAGUAUGACUAACUUUGGAUGCAACACCUAGUGGUUAACACUUUCCACACCCACCAGUUCUCCCCUACAAACGCUCCCUUGAAAGUUUUGAAAUUGUUUCCCCCUCAGAUGUACACAGAAAUGGAUCUCAGGGUGAUAGAAAUCUGUCAGGCUGAAUGCCCUUGUAUGAGCAAAUGGGCGAAUGUGGGAAGAUUCAAGAACCCCCCUCAUCUCCUGCUGAUACUCUCUCCGGUAAACACUUACAGCCUCUGCAUUCACAUUGGCUGGCAGACAUGUUGAAAACGCAAGUUUGCUGGUAUAAUGUUUAGAAUUUGUCCAAAGAUCCUGAGGUGCCAUUUCCCCAUCCUUUGCAUGUACAGACAGCACGUUGGAGCAUUGUGGGGAAUAAGAGGUCUGUUUGCACCUCUCAUGCCCCUGCCCAAUAGAAUUGUCCAUCCUCAGCCUAAUGACAGUGUUGGUGGUGGAGUGUGUGUGUUCAUCCAGGACCAUAGAGUGAGAAUAAUUCAAUCCUCACAGCCACCACCAUCCAGUCAUAAAAUCAUAGAAGGGCCCCAAAGGGUCAUCUAGUCCACCCCCUGCAAUACAGGACUCUCAAGUAAAGCAUCC